AUGAGACUGAAUGCCGAGAAGUGUGCUAUUGUAACAUUUCACAGGAACUUCAAGCCUUUGAUGUUUGAUUACUGUCUAAGCAACACCACACUUUGCCGUAAGUCUCACAUUAGAGACCUUGGAAUUGGGUUGUCUUCGGAUCUAAGCCCUGAGUUACACAUAGACAUAAUCACCGGGAAGGCUGCUAAGAUGUUGGGGUUUAUCAUAAGGACUUCUAGAAGCGGUCUUAGUGUUGAGGCGAUGAAGAUAGCAUACACAGCGCUAGUUAGAUCUGUGUUGGAGUACGGCUGUGUUGUGUGGUGUCCCUACCAACUUGGACAUAUUCAGCGACUGCAGAGCAUACAAGAUCGCUUUGUUAGGAUAAUUGGUACCAAGCUGGGAUACAACUACAGUGAAGUUUCCCUUGGAGUUGGUAGCGGAUCAAUUGGGGCUGGCUCCAUUAUAUGCGAGAAGGAGACUGCAUGA